CGCCCUCACCGCCGUAGGCUUCCCCUACGCCGGACUGCGCUCCCGCCGCCAUGGCUACGAUAGAGCGCAAAGCCUCGGAAGGCUCUAUCAUCGACGAAAAGGCCGAAUCGCCUAUCAAUGAGAAAGUCGACCUGCACGACACCCCGGCACUCGCCAAGGCUGACGUUGGUGAUGUGUCCGAGGAUGUUCGUGCCAUUGAUCUCGACGAGUCCGGCCACGAGCGUCCUAUUGAGACGGGCGAGGACUACGCUCUCCGUCUAGUUUCGCUCGACGACGACCCCUCAUUACCAAUCCACACCUUCCGGACUUGGUUCCUCGGUCUCGGGCUCGCGUGUUUCGCCGCCGUCCUUGGAGAGCUCUUCUACUUCCGUCCGCAAACGGUGCAAGUCUCGGGCCUUUUCCUCCAGGUCUUCGCCUUCAUCCUCGGCCGCGGUCUCGAGACCGUCCUCCCUGGACCGAACCACGUUCACCCCAAGCUGCGCACUCGCAACACUUGGUUCUGGCGUUUCAUCAAUCCCGGUCCUUUCAACAUCAAAGAGCAUGUGGCCAUCAGUAUCAUGUCGACGACGGCCUCUGACCAGGCCAUCGCCAUUUCCGUCUUCGCCGCGCAGGACCUCUACUACCAUGUCACCGUCAAUCCAGCGAUCGGAAUCUUUACUCUGAUUGCGUCACAGCUCAUUGGCUAUGGGCUGACGGGGCUCGCGCGUGACUACCUCGUCUACCCUACAUGGGCCGUGUACCCGUUCCUCAUGCCGCAGGUGCAGCUCUUCGACGCGAUGCAUCGCGCCAAGGGCGUCUUCCUCCAGCGCAAGCGCCGUGUCUUCUUCUGGACCGUGCUCAUCGGCAUCUUUAUCUGGGAGUGGUUCCCGGAGUACAUCGCGACGACUCUUACCGGCGUCUCGAUCAUCUGUCUCGCGGCGCAGAAGAGCCCGUGGGUCACUCGGGUCUUCGGUGGCGCGGCCGGUAACGAAGGCCUUGGACUGUUCGCGCUCUGCUUUGACUGGAACUACGUUGGAUCCGGCGGCCUCGCGAUCGGAUCGCUCUUCACCCCGCUCUCGACCCAGCUUUCGCUAUAUGCUGGUGUUGUAGUAUGCAUCAUCGCGUUCUGCGCCUGCUACGCGCGCAACGUGUGGCACGCCCAGAACUUCCCCUUCCUCUCGCAGCUGCUGUUCUACGAGAACGGCACGCAGUACCAGCAGCUCUCGAUCCUGAACCCGGACUUCACGCUCAACAACACGCUGCUCGAGCAGCAGGGCCUGCCGUACUACGCGGCCUCGCAGACGCUUUACCAGCUCUCGCGCACGGCGUACAUCGGCGCGGCCGUCACGCACUUCUUCCUCUGGCACUUCAAGGACGUGUGGCAGAUCGUGCGCAACGUGCGUACGCAGGAGUGCCAGGACGUGCACUACCAGAAGAUGAAGGUGUACAAGGAGGUCCCUGUCUGGUGGUUCGGCAUCAUGUUCGUGGUCACGUUCGCGCUCGGGCUUGGCCUGUGCUACGCUGCGGACUCGGGCCUGCCGUGGUGGGGCUUCAUCGUCGCGCUCAUCUUCUCUGCUGCGUUCGUCCCGAUCCUGGGCACGCUGUAUGCGACGGUCGGGUACCAGCCGUCCCUCCAAUUCCUCAUUCAGAUGGUCGGCGGUGCGAUGAUCCCCGGCAAGCCGGUUGCGAACAUGUACUUCACCCUCUACGGCUUCCAGACGUACCAGCUCACGCUCAACCUGCUGCGCGACCUGAAGCUCGGGCAGUACACGAAGCUCCCGCCGCGCACAACGUUCGUGAUGCAGACCAUCGGCGGCAUCAUCGGCGGUAUCCUCAACUACGUCGUCAUGAAGUCCGUCAUCCAGGGCAACCGCCCCCUGCUGCUCGCCGUGCAGGGCUCGAACGUCUGGUCCGGCCAACAAGUCCAGUCCUACAACUCCGCGGCGAUCACCUGGGGCGCGCUCUCCAAGGCGUUGUACGCCCCCGGCGCGCGCUACGGCUUCAUCCCGUGGAUGCUCAUCGCGGGGCUCGCCGCGCCGCUCCCGUUCUGGCUCGCGCACCGCCGCUGGCCGACGCGCGGGUUCAACUACGUGUUCACCCCAGUCGUCGUCGCCGAGCUCGGCUUCCUGUCCGUCGGCAUCAACUCGUCGUGGAUGACGUCGCUCGCGCUCGCGGUGCUCUCGCAGUGGUACCUGCGCAAGUACCGCCCGCGCUGGUUCCGCAAGUACAACUUUUUGUUGUCGGCGGCGCUCGACGGCGGCACGCAGAUCAUGGUGUUCGUGUACUCGUUCGCGGUGGGCGGCGCGUCGGGUACGGCGAGGCCGUUCCCGAACUGGGCGCUGAAUCCCGCGGGGAACCCGGACUAUUGCAUGCGCCUGAGCGAUUAG